AUGAAUGUUAAUACUUUGAUUUUUGAUCAGAUCGGCCAAACAGAAACAAUUAUUGGCAACAUUAAUCCGGUUUUCAGUCGUCGCUGUUACGUCUCAUACUGCUUUGAAAGUUCUCAGAAACUUCAAUGUGUUAUAAAUCAAGUUGAUGGAAAUAGUGAAAGGUUCACUGGUGUGAUUGCAAGGGUGGAAUGUGUAUUAGGCGAAGUGCUAUCACGUGGCGGUUCCAUCGAGUUGCCACUGUUUCCAAACAAAGGAAUAUCGUUUUUGCGCUUGGAAGUAUGUGAGACAAAACUGUCAGGUCAAGCUGUUCGUUUGCAGUUUAAAGGUCAUAGUUUACAUGCACCAUCAAGUGAUUGUCCGUUGGAUGCCUAUUUUAUGAUGUAUUUGGUUCCGGAAGGUGCACCAAAAUUACUAUUGCACAAAAGUGAAGCGGUUGCCGAGAAAAACCCUAUAUGGAAUACCUUCCUCGUCCCUGUUUCUCACUUUUCAUUUGCGUCCGUCAGCUGCUCGAUUGAAAUUGAUGUUUAUAACUACAAUGUUAAUCGCGAGGACAAGCUCAUAGGCAAAUGUACGACAUCAUUUGACCAACUUUUAAGAGGAGUUGGCGCCUUAAACGCAUACAAAUUAUCAACUCUCGAGGGCAGAAAGAAAGGAAAUGCUUCAGUGGAAUUGGUGAACAUUCUCCAAGUUGCAUCGUCUUCAUUCAUUGAUUAUCUUAAAGCAGGAACGCAGAUUCACUUCUCGGUAGCUGUGGAUUUUACGGCUUCAAACGGGAAUCCACUUGAUGCAUCAUCACUACACUACAUUCAUCCACACAAAUUUAACCCGUAUAUGACAGCACUAAAUGCAGUUACAUCGGUAAUUGGAAAAUAUAAUAGACAUGGACGAAUUGCUGCACUUGGUUUCGGAGCACAAACACCUCCUGAUUAUAAAGUUUCACAUCUCUUUUUCCUGAAUGGUGAUGCCAAAGAUCCGCAUGUUAAUGGUAUUGAUGGUGUACUGAACGCAUAUCGUUCUGCUUUACUCUCUGUACGACCAUAUGCGCCAACGGAUUACUCCGAAGUCAUAUAUCAUACUUACAAGUUUGGAGCAGCAGUUCAACGUCAAGGAAGGAGUGAUAAUUAUUUUGUGUUACUCAUUGUGACAGAUGGAUGUGUGACAAAUCCGGAGAGAACAGUGAAUGCAAUUGUGGACUGUGCGGAAUUACCCAUAUCGAUUGUUAUUGUUGGUGUUGGUAACCAAGAUUUUUCCCCAAUGCAACGCCUGCUUUCCCCGACACUUAAAUCUUCUGAGGGCCGUCUACUGCGCCGUGAAAUUGUUACUUUUGUGCCUUACACUGCUUCUAUGACCAGUAAUGAUCUUGUAACAAAAUUAUUACUAAAUGUGCCCCGGCAGUUUCUUACCUGGGCCAUGAUGCAUGGUAGGUUCGCACCGUCGAGAUAA